CUGAACAUCAACACGCAACACAGAUGUUAUGUUGUUAAGUCCACGUGUCCAAAUGUCACAUAAAAAGAUGUUACUACCAGAGACACUUCAGAAACAUCAAGACUGGACUUAUCAACGAUCCAUAUCCUUCACAGCAUUCUCUCGCAUGUGGACCACGACUCGACGGGGAUUAUUGUUGGAAGCCUGGUUGCUGUUGUGUUUAUAAUUAUGUUGGUACUGGGUGGCGUUGUUUGGAAAUGGAAAAGUAAACAGAAAGAUAAAACACAAAUACGUACAUCAGUCGGUGAAUCAGAAAAAGAUAAGAUCAGAAUACAUCAAGGCGAGAACAGUUCUACAGUUCCAGAUUAUAGAUAUCCGUUGCUAUCACAUACAGAUACUGCUGAGGAUCUAAAGAUUGAAGAGGAAACAAUUGUCAAAUUUGAACUAAACAAAAUACACGAAUUUACUGAUGCUCAUGUCCUUAGUGAAAAUGCAGAAGAAGGAGGGUGUGUUAAUUCAGAAAUAUCUGUUGAACUAGAUGAGAGAGAGCAUGGUCUCAAAGAAGAUUCAAAUUUAAGUUUUGAUAAUGGAAAGAGGAUCUAUAAAGUCAGAGAUGAAGAUACAAUGUGGGAACAAGACGAGAAAGCAUGUGAUUGCAGAGAUACGUUUGCCAAUGACGGAGCCAACAAAGACGAAAUAAUAAAGCAAAUAGUGCCAACACAUAUUUUCGGUUACACCGCCAGUUAUUUGGGUAAUUACAAUAUUUGGAAACCAAAGUCGUAUGGUAUGUACUUUGCUAAAUCUUGA